AUGGUCGGUCUGUUGCAAUUACGACGUCGGCAGAAGUAUCGAUCGGUGGUUGCUACUAUAUGUGUAGUUAUUGCUCUCGUUGUCCUAUACACUUAUUUAUCACCUAAACCGACUCUUCCACCAAAAUUGGAAAAUUCAUCUCACGAUGUACACGCCGCUGUUACUGUUCGUUCAGUUACGACUGCUAAAAAUACAACAAAAGUAGUCUCGAUCACCACUACUAGUAUUCCUACGUUUCGUGUUGUACGUCGUUCGGCAGACAAACGUCGGUUUAGCAGUGCUGCUGUCGAAUCAUUAAUUCAAGAAAUCAAGCAAAAUAUCAAAAAUAAAGAGCUUGCAUGGUUAUUUGAAAAUUGUUUUCCUAAUACACUUGAUACUACAGUUGAUUUUGAUGAGAAGGCUGCAUCUGAAAAACGACCUGAUACGUAUGUUAUCACCGGUGAUAUUGAUGCUAUGUGGUUACGUGAUUCAAGUGCUCAAGUGAAUCCGUAUUUACCAUUGAUACGGAAUGAUUCGAAACUACGGCAAUUGAUUGAAGGUGUUCUUUUACGUCAGAGUCUUUUUGUUCAACGUGAUCCUUAUGCGAAUGCACAUUACAAAGAUACGAGUCGUACGAGUGAAUGGAAACGAAUGGAUAGAACUGACAUGCGUCCUGGUGUACACGAACGAAAAUGGGAAUUAGACUCUCUUUGUUAUGUGAUACGAUUGAUGCAUUCGUAUUGGAAGGAAGUGGAUUAUGAUUUGACAUUCUUUCAUGAUAAUGAAAAACAAUUGAAAAAAACUAUUGGAUUAAUCUUACAGACAAUGAAAGAGCAACAAAGAUUUAAUGAUUCAGGUCCUUACACAUAUCAACGACAAGGUCACCCACCAGAUCCACGUGGACAUGCAGCAGAACCAAAUGGACUCAUCCAUACGUUUUUCCGUCCAAGCGACGAUCUACAGAUGUAUCCGUAUCUCAUUCCUUCGCAGUUUUUUGCACAUCAUGUCUUACAACUGCUAUCCGAAUUGGUGAAAAAACUUGAUUGGACAGUAGAUUUCAAUGAUGAUAUCGUUCACUUAAUAGCAGAUCUCGAGAAAAUUCUAUUGGUCAAUCAUUUGACAGAUAAACCAGCAAAACAAAUCAUCUUUAAUCAUACUAAACAUGGGCUAAUCUAUGCAUAUGAAAUCAAUGGAUUCGGCAAUUCAAAUCUCAUGGACGAUUCGAAUAUUCCAUCGCUUCUUUCUCUACCUUAUCUCUGUCCUAAUACUAUACCAAUUAAUCAUACGAUUUACCAAAAUACACGAAAGUUUGUAUUGAGUAAAGAUAAUCCAUGGUUUUUCAAAGGAGCGGCCAUAGAAGGUAUUGGUGGCCCACACGUAGGGAAUUUAAUGGCAUGGCCAUUAGCGAUCAUAAUGCGUGGUUUAACAACUACUGAUGAUGAGGAGAUUCGGACGUGUUUGAAAAUGCUGCAGAAAUCUCAUGGAGACACAGGAUUUAUGCAUGAGGCGAUUGAUGUGAAUAAUCCCAGACAUUUUACAAGAUCAUGGUUUGCUUGGGCGAAUAGUUUAUUUGGAGAAUUUAUUUGGAAAUUGUACCGAGAGAAGCCUUAUUUAUUAGACUAG